AAAGCUGAACGCAUCGUCUCAAAGACCACCGUCACAUUUGAUGAAUAAUGACGCCGCACAAAAAUUGUUCCCUGAAAGAAAGGCCCCUGCAGUGGAAACACCACCUUCAAAGCGGCGCUAGACGAGCAUAUAAAGGUGACCUUCAUACUCUAUCCCCGAUCAACAGACUUACUAUCACUGCGAACUCGUGCAUAUACUCUUAACAUCUCAAUCAACUCUCUGCUGGCCCAGAUGACUCAUUCCACCCCCAAUCACUGCUCAUUGCACGGUUGCGAUUCUUCCAAUGCAACACAGUGCAUGCCAAACACUGGCAUGCAUGUAGGUCAAUUUCCUUGCCCCCAACCUGCAAGCAUUCCUCACCCAUGCCAUGUACCCACAUACCCCUACUACCCGUACGGUGUUCCUCUUCCAUACGUGCUCGUCGCACCUUCACCUUGUGUGGGUGCUGGAGCCGCGCAUCAUGCAUGCCAAGCGGGACAAAAUGGUUGUCACCCCCCUGCAGUAGCCAAUGUCUCGUGUGCUACUUGUUCUGGUCCACACCCACCACCAAAUGCGUCUGCUGCUCCCCCACAAAACCCAUCCGCGCCCCUCAUGCGUCAUCAACCCUUCCCAUCCAUUUCUUUCCCAGCAGUCGCGAACCCUUGCAUUCUACCCAUACUGCACCAAGGAUGCCCCAACCAGCAUCAAGAGCCUGAGCUCGCAACAGGAUCUGCUUCCUCGUCUCUCCCUCAAGUACCAAAGCGCACCGCGAAAGACAUAGAGCGCGACAUCAAACGAAGCAAAGUAGUCCCCGGCGGGAUGAAGAACGACCCGUUGUUUACACCCGUGUUAGAUCAAUCUGGUCAACCCAACGGGACAUUCACAUGUUCUAGGGACGGCAUGAUAAUCCACCCUGAAAGCUAUUCUAGGCAUCUCAGGACACGAAAGCACCUAGGCUUCAAACUAGAGAAAUUCAAAUGCUCUGAUUGUUCCAAAACAUAUACGAGAGCUGAUGCCUACAAGAGACACUUCGUCAAUGGCAAAUGUGAUCAGUCGAAAGAUGUUGGCGCUCUGCCGGCCGCUGAAGAUGGUGACGAUAACGAUCCCGACUCAGAAUCUUAGGAGGCUAAUGAGAUAAACGACCUCCAUGAGAUGUGGCUAUCUUUCACACUAUUUCUUUUGUUUUAUCAUCUACUGUCGCCCAUUUUUCUACUCACUCCAUACGUUCUUUCUAUUCUCUAUGGCAUUUCAUUCUUUUUACUCACUACACAUUCUU